UCCUCUGCAAUAACUCUUCAAGAAUCACAUACAGCUGCAUCAGAUCCAACAGUAAAAUAUAUGAGCCUACAAUGAACAACCUGAUUGAGAGUCAUGCCCUUUUUGAGAUCCUUAAAUCGCCCAUUCCGAGUCCCCAUAUUGUCAAGGGCAACAGUGUCGGUGACGAGCCGGAGUCAGGAGUCUCAGGAGGCGCCGCCGUACAGCUAAACGUCAAUGCCCAGGAGUUUAUUCCGCGUUGCAAGGUAGAACAUUCUCAGACAGUCACAGAUGAAGGAAUUGACGCAGAUUUAGUUUCUAGCAAAUGUAAUGAGCCAAAACUUAAGACCAAACUAACGCUGCCCUGGAAGGGGUUCCCAAAAAAGUCCGAGAAAGCUUCUCGGACUGCCCAGGUAGUUUUACUCAACGAUGUCGACUACAUGAUAGUGCCACGAAUCAAGAGGGUGAAGAAGACAAAGGAUGAAACUAAGGUAGUAUCGGCCGAGGCUAAGCCUACUGAAGGAAAAGCCAAGUUGGCCAAAAAUGAUGAGACAACUCCGUCGGAAGCUGACCUCCAGAAUGCGCUGGUGGCAGAAAAGCGAGUUGAGGCCGAUGAAAAGCGACGGCAGCAGGAGCGGAAGGUCGCCCUGGAGGCCUUGAAGUUAGUGGAACAGAGACGCCUGCGAGGCCCUCUGGUCGGUUCCGGUGAAAACACCGAAGAGUCCGAAAAAGCCAAUCUAAUCAUACACCUCUCGCGGUCGCCCGUCCAGUUUAGCCCCGAGGAACGGAUCCGCGUGGACCGUCUGAGAAUAGCCAAGAAGGAGCGAAUCGAACGAGUCCUGCGGGAAAUGAAGACAGAGCUGGAGGCGCCACAAGUGGCCCAAGUGCCAAAGCAGAAAAAGAGCCCCUCGCCACCGAAAACCAGCAGUCGAGUUCGAAAGAGAUAUAUUCCGACAACCAAGGAGUGGGAUGAAAAGUGCAGGGAGAAGCUCCUGGCGACCAUAGACGCCGCUGACCAUUGCACUGAUCCAGAGGACAAAAACUGGAAGCCUAAUCUGGCUCAUGCGAGGAUGGUGGAGCCACUAGUGUCUUCGACUUCAUACAACAUCAUGCCAACACAGGUCAUAAAGCUGGAGGAUGCGAAGGCAGCAGCGUCGCCGCGUUUCUGUCCGCCGGCCAGGGUCCUCCAGGGCGAGCAGCGCAAAGGCAACCUCACAUAUUCGAGGCACACACCCCCCCGGAGCCCCCGAUCCGCUCCUCAGGGUCCUAUGAAGACGAUCUUUAAUAAGUCUGGAAAAAUCAUCCAGCGCUAUACCAUUGAUCAGUUGCUAAAGUUCGAGCCCCAGCCCGGGCAGCUUGAAAAGCCCAAUUUUCUGGAGUCUGCAACCCGGCUGGGGUUUCUCUGCGACUAGCAUUUGUUUUUUGAUUUCCGUUUGUGUUUCUUCAAAUUGUUAUUUAGUUUCUUUCUGUUUGUUACAAUGUUCCAAUGAUUCUCUG